CCCCUGGUCGCGUCGAGGAGCGGACCGGCCGCACCGCAGUCCUCGACCCCCCCGGCACGGCUCGGUCCGACCCAACCCGACUCGACUCCUGCCCCGGCGCGCCUACAGGCGGGCCCCGCACCCACCACAAGCCCCACCGCGGCUCGGCUCCGAGAGAACACGCCGGCUCCGCGACACGAACUGUGCGCCGCGCGUGCACCAUGGCGGGGGACGCGUAGCGUGACAGCCACGUGGGCGCCUGGCUGGCCUGUUGCAGUGGUGUUAGUGACAAGUGCGUGAGUGUGAGUGCAGCAGCAUGGUGGUGCCUACCACGGGAUAACAAGGCCGCAGCCGCCCGCACGCUGCUGUCGUCUUAGAGUGCGCGGGGUGCCCCCUGGCCCAGGCCGGGCGAGCGGUCCGUGGAGCGGUCCGUGGAGCGGCCAGGCCCCGGGGCGAGGCUGCCACUGCCAGGGGCAAGCAGCCGGAGCGGCGAGGUAGCAGCGCCUCGCCCCGCCCCGCCACGCCGCGCCACGGCCCGCGGCCGCCGCCGCCGCCGCCACCACGUCGACGCCACGCCCCGCCACGCCCCGCCACGCCCCCGGCGCAGCAGCAGCGGCAGCCACCACCACUUCCGCCUGCACCUCAGGGCCAGAGCCGCCCCGCCGCGCCACCAUGCGGGCCUCGCCGCCUCGCCUUCCCUAAGGCUGGCGAUGGUCCCCGCGGCGGUGCUGGGGCCCCGGUGGCCGAAGGGCGGCGGGGGCCGCGGGGCGCUCAGGGGCGCCCAACACGAGCCCAGGCGCGAGCCCCCCGCCGCCGGCAGCGCCCCGCCAUAGCGGCGCCCAGCGGCAGCGCACCAGGGUUACGGGAGAGUGGAGGUCCGUCGCCGCCGAGUGACGAGUCGUCUCAACGCUUGUACCGGUUUAGAGAAAAGCCUUCGCAGUGGCGGGGACAACGAUGAAUCUUCUAAACAUGGACGCGGAGAACCGCGUGGUUCUCAACUGCGGCGGCAUCCGACACGAGACGUACAAGGCUACGCUCAAGAAGAUCCCCGCAACGCGUCUGUCGCGCCUCACCGAGGCGCUGGCCAACUACGACCCCAUACUCAACGAGUACUUCUUCGACAGGCACCCAGGUGUUUUCGCGCAGGUCCUCAAUUACUAUCGGACGGGGAAGCUGCACUACCCGACCGACGUGUGCGGCCCGCUGUUCGAAGAGGAACUCGAGUUUUGGGGUCUGGACGCCAACCAGGUGGAGCCUUGCUGCUGGAUGACAUACACACAGCAUCGAGACACGCAGGAAACCCUGGCAGUGCUGGACCGGCUGGACCUGGACACAGAGAAGCCGUCGGACGAGGAGAUGGCGAGGAAGUUCGGCUUCGAAGAGGACUACUUCCAGGGCACGCUAUCCUGGUGGCAGCGCCAGAAGCCCAAGUUGUGGUCCCUCUUCGACGAGCCCUACUCAUCCAACGCGGCAAAGAUCGUGGGCGUGGCGUCCGUCUUCUUCAUCUGCAUAUCCAUCCUGUCCUUCUGCCUCAAGACGCACCCGGACAUGAGGGUGCCCGUCAUUCGGAACAUCACCGUCAAGACGGCCGCCAACAUGACGGCGUGGACGCUGGACAAGACGCAGACCAACGCGCACGAGGCCUUCUUCUACAUUGAGUGCGUCUGCAACGCGUGGUUCACCGUGGAGAUCGUGUCGAGGUUUGUCGCCUCGCCCAACAAGUGCAACUUCAUCAAGGCCUCCGUCAACAUCAUCGAUUACAUCGCCACGCUCAGCUUCUACAUCGACUUGGUCCUGCAGAAGUUCGCGUCGCACCUGGAGAACGCCGACAUCCUCGAGUUCUUCUCCAUCAUCCGCAUCAUGCGACUGUUCAAGCUCACGCGACACUCGUCUGGCCUCAAGAUCCUGAUCCAGACGUUCCGCGCCUCGGCCAAGGAGCUCACCUUGCUCGUGUUCUUCCUCGUCCUGGGUAUCGUCAUCUUCGCCAGCCUCGUCUACUACGCGGAGCGGAUACAGGCGAACCCGCACAACGACUUCAACAGCAUACCACUGGGCCUGUGGUGGGCGCUGGUCACCAUGACCACGGUAGGCUACGGGGACAUGGCCCCCAAGACCUACGUAGGCAUGUUCGUGGGUGCGCUGUGCGCCUUAGCCGGUGUGCUUACCAUCGCCCUCCCCGUGCCCGUCAUCGUGUCCAACUUCGCCAUGUACUACUCGCACACGCAGGCGCGAGCGAAGCUCCCCAAGAAGCGGAGACGGGUCCUGGCCGUGGAGCCUAUACGACUGCCUGUCCGACCUGGCCAGCCGGGGCAGCCCGGUGGCCCGGGCUGUCCGGGCGGCGGCGGGGGGCUCGGCGGGGGUGGAGGCCCCGGGGGCCCCGGGGGCAGGGGUGGCGGUGACCCCAUGGGGGGUCCUCCGGCGCAAAACAGAAGAAUGAACGCCAUCAAGAGCAACCACCCCAAGGAUGCCAUGGGCGGUAUGAUGGAGCACGAGCGCCAUAACGCGAGCCUGAGAAACAACGGCACCAAAUCGGGAGUGGGUGACCCGGGUGAUCUGACCUAACAGUAGAGCUGCGCGAGUUUGGCUCGCCGAUGUGGCCCGAAUUGCGUGCGCGGCGCUGCAACGCGGCAGGCACUCUAGACGACGGCUGUGACGUCUGACGAGCGUGGCGGACUGGACCAAGACGGGCGGGAAGUGUGCGACAACACCCCCCAGCGAAAACACAACAAGACGUGUGUACUUUGUUGUGUGUGGAGUGCGGCGCGUCCCAGAUCGUAGUGUCUCGGGAGUGGAGACUGGACUCCUUGUUGGGUGUGGGGCUCUCCCGAGAGAGUGACGGGGAACGGACGCUGUAGGUGUUCGUGAGAAACAAUACAAAAACCUCUAUUUCUAGUGGCAAUUUUUGUGAUAUUUCAAGAAGAAAGAAAAGAAGAGAAAAUGUGGACAACAGUGCUCUAACGUUUUUCCCGAUCAUCAGUUCUCUUCCGAUUUUUUUUUAUUUUUAGAAGAGUAGGGUGUGACACAUAUCAUCACGAAGCGACCACGAGGGCACGUGGAAGUGGUCACAAUGCUUGGCUGCUGCUAUGUAUAAGUCUUACCCCAGGGGUGUGUGCAAAGUCGCCAGAUUGGCCGAAAUUUCGACGAGUUUUUCUAUUCGACGAACAGCCCAAGUAUAGCUUUCGCGCUUUGCGCAUAAAAGCUGGCCACUUUGCAAAGCCCUGGCGUUCACCCACGGACAAUAUCGGUGAAAAUGGAAGUCUUUAUAGUAUUUUAUUCUAUAAACAUUUUCUAAAAGUCGGCAUUCUAAAUUUCUAUUCUUAUGUUAAUAUUCAGGGACAAAGAAAUGUUUGAAUUAGUACGCUGACCGUGACAUUUGACAGGCAUCAUCAGAGUUUUAAAUAGGCUUCUUCAAUUUUCUUUUCAUUCAAACUGUAAACCUGUCUAUAUCAUCACUUUUAUAUUUAUGUAACACUAUCGAUCGCACUGUUAACACGAUCAUCAACUCUGUGGGGUUGGCUCUGAGUACCUGAACACAAAGGACGAUUAUCUCAUCCUUCCGUUUACAAGUAUCUAACUUAUGUACUUAAUGCACCACUCUCCGUUAUGCGCUGCGCUUUCGAAAAGUUUCAGAUUCUGUGCUAAAAGGAAAGUCUAGUUAUUAUGUAGGAAUUAUUAGUAGCAUUUACGCCGUAGGCCUAUGGAAAAAGUGUCGGGGAAAUGUUUUAAAAUAACAAAUAUUUUCAUAAAAUGACAUUACUUCGUGCAUAGCUCUUUGUACGUGCAGUACCAAUGAAUCACCGGCGCGUGUGCGCGGAUAUGUAUCCAAUAUCCUCGCUGAUAUUUGCCUCAUACCGUCCUCCGACGUUAUCUUUGGGUUACCCUGUGAUUAUCUAAUCAACCGCUUACACCAGGUGCUUGUUUUUAUACUUUUAUUGAGCUGUGAUUUAUCUGGUUAUUUAGUAGAGCUAAUGCAUUUGACCUGAAUAAGUACAGCGUUUUCCUUGAACAAGGAUUGCAACAAGCAGCAAACUUUCUUGACCUUAAAAAAGCUAAUGUUCCAAAAGUAAUUCCGGGGCCGUUUUCCCUGGGCAGCUACCAUAUCAGACACUCGGAGCCAAAUCCGGCCACAGUCACCUCAUUUCUCACUUUCUAUCACAUUAGCCUAUUAAACACGCUUUAUAUCGAAAUGAUAUAUCUCUUUUAAUAACGAUAAUGGUUAAGGGGACUCAUUUGUAGCGUGAUUAUUUUUGUUAUGUUACAAGGAUUUCAGGAUUCUACAUUCAUUCAUAAUUCCAUGUAUUCUUCCUCAAAUUGCGCCACAUAGAUUUCAAUUGUCUGCUGACGAGGGAGAUACCUCCAGAUCAAAAUUAUAGUCUUUGGGUCUGUUAUGGAGGUUGCAUCAAUAUCUUAACUUUUCCCGCUUGUGGAAAGGUCUUCGCUUCACGUACCAAUGCGCCGCAUCAAAGUCCAGUCUUCCAUAGUCAUGCGGUCUAUCGCGGGAAAACGUGUCUUGGAGAGUUUGGAUGACAAACUGAACAAAAUUUUCAUUGUUUAGUUAAGUCGGUAUUUAUCUAGCCACAUAUUUUGUUCCUUUACAUACUUCUACUAAAGGGUGCUCCACCAAACAUCUUUGAUGACACUGCAAGGCGAUUUGCAUCUUUUGAUUGUACUGUACCAUUUAACUUUGGGGUAUCAUUGCUCAAUCGCAUAUUAUUAUGCAUAGUCUCUAAAAUACUACUUGACCUUUUGUCUUAUGCUCCAAGCAAUAUGGGUAUAAUAUGCCUCCGCAGUUGCGUGCUUUAAUCAUCCUAUCAACAUUUUUCGUUGUAAUCUCCGCGUCAUUGCAUCGCUCCUUUAAUUUUUUCGACGAAGAGAACUCAAAUAAAACUAAGAGCUUGUGCAGGCAUCUAAUAAGUGCGUCGCUGAUUCUAAAAACUUGCCGUUCACCUCCCGAUGAUAUCGUUUUUGCCGAAGAAAAAUAAUAAAUAUUUUCUACAAGACUAACCUGUCCAAUCAGAUGUACUGUAAUUCUCUUAAAUAUUUGGGAUACUUAUGCUGUUUUAUAACACAUACUUCAUAUUAGAAAAAACAGAACAUAAAGGAUGUGUGAAGCGUUCCGAAUGGUUGUUAUACUUGUGUAGAAAGUUACGUUUCAUACUUUUUCUAUAAGCUUUCUCGGAGCAAACAGAACCCUUGCUCUGUAAAUGUUUUUUCAGAAAUGUUCAAAGAGAUAUUGUCUCGACCAACGCAAAUUAAAGUUUCACUGUAUCGAAAGUUUAGGCUUCAAUAUCGUAUAUUGCGACGCAAAUGUAUACUACGCAUUUCGGCGUAGCUAAGUUCUACAGGGGCUGCUGACCAAAUCAUUGCACGUUAGACACGCAGUGUGGCUGUGUACAGAUCAUACAACCACGUAAAUGAAGCAAUGUUUCACAUACUGUCCCCAGGAUAUUUUUUCUGCUUGUAUUUGUAAAUUUCUACAAAUCAAAAAUAUAGACUUUGCUGAAGUGAUUAUGUUUGUAAUUUUUGUUUCGAAAGAGAAAGGGCUGGAUAGGUAAUAUCCCUUUUAUUAAUGGGCUAGGAAACGCGUUGGCAGACAAGCUCAUCUGUUGUGAAUUGAUUUUGAGGUUUACGAUUAUUUAAACGGCGCCAUAAAUAAAUUUAAUCUAAACGGAUUCAGACAAAAGAAAGGGCGAUCACGGUGCUUUCAGUCGUUGAACUACAGGCUUUAUCAGCUUAAGGAUCUUAACAUCUUAACAUAUUAACAGAUGCAUUUUUAUUAUAUUUAGCACUAUGGCAAUGAUUUUUAGUUAAGAAUGUGUUUAAAUUGGUAAAAAGUGCCGACCGGAACAUUUAGAAAGCUUUGCCAUCGCUUCAGUUCGAUGAAAAGCAGAGAUCCGUUGUUUCGCGGGAUCUUAACACAACUUUCACGGAAACCACGAAUCAUGAUUCUAUUGGUCGUUGUAGCGAUCCCGAACGUUUUGGUCGGCAUUUUAGCGAAUAUAAAGACAUUCAAAUGUAAAACCAUAGUCUUACUAUCGAAUAUAAUGCAAAAUGCACUUGUUAAUAUGUUAACAUGUUAAGAUGUUAAGAUGUUAAGAUCCUUAAGCUGAUAAAGCCACAAACUGGGCCUCUCGUACUAAAAAAAGCCAUGACAGCUAGCAGCUAGCAUGUCACAUGUUAUUAACCUGAUGUCCGUUCUUGUUGUUUCGUCUGUUUUAUACUUUUCCAUGAGCAAACUCCGAAUUGUUAUUCGUUCACAUUUUACGUGUUGUUGAUUAACUUUCUGUUCCAUGGCAAGCAUCGUGUAAAUAUUGUAAGCACUACGAAAUAUCAUCUAACAAGUAUAGUCAAGGGACCAAUGGAGAGAAUCUUUUUCUACCAAAAGACGUAGGGAUGCUGAAACGUAAGGAAAUAGGGAUUGUUGGGGUUCAGGCUGAAUGUUGAAUUAUGAACGAGUUGAAAAUAUUUAUCAUUUUCUUUCAAAAAGCUGUGGCAUUUUCUGUCCGAGACUAUACUUCAUCCGGCUCUAAAGCUUUUAAGCGCUGUGAACCAUGAAGAUCCUACUGCUACUAUGUUCAUUUCUGUUCAAACUAUGUUAAUAAAACUAAUGGAACAGGAUAAGGGUUUUAUUCCCGACUUGGUCCGACUGAAAAA